GAAGCGCUGUCGCACCGCAGCUAUGUCCUGCUCUUCUCGGGCUUCUUCGUCUGCGGCUUCCAGGUGGCGUUCAUCACCGCGCACUUUCCGGCCUAUAUCGGCGACCUCGGCAUCGACGCGCGUUACGCGGUGAUCGCGCUGGCGCUGAUCGGCUUUUUCAACAUCAUCGGAUCGCUUGCUGCCGGAAUUAUCGGCCAGCGCUACUCAAAACCCUAUUUCCUGGCGCUGAUCUAUCUCGGGCGCUCGAUCGUCGUGACAGCGUUCCUGCUGCUGCCGCAGACACCGACAAGCGUCAUCGUCUUCGCCAUCUUGAUGGGGCUGCUGUGGUUGUCCACCGUGCCGCCGACCAACGGGCUCGUGGCGAUCAUGUUCGGCACGCGGCAUCUCGGCUUGCUGGGCGGCAUCGUGUUCUUCUCGCACCAGAUCGGCUCUUUCCUCGGCGUCUGGCUGGGCGGCUAUCUCUACGACCGUUUCGGCUCCUACGACCCGGUGUGGUGGCUCGGCGUGGCGCUCGGCAUCUUCGCCGCGCUGGUGCAC